AUGGAAUCCUGGAAACAACCAGAGGAAUAUCGAAACCGACCUGUUACCGUGCUUGGCGCGGGCGUACUUGGUCGGCGCAUAGGAUGUAUUUGGGCAUCUGGUGGAUAUGAUGUGAUUCUUCGUGACCCUAGCGCAGAGCAAUGCGCGGACGGUAUUGAAUAUAUUCUGGAAAAUGUGGAGUCAUAUUCCCAGAAGACCGGGCAGAAACCCGGUAAGGUACAGGCAGUUGAACAUCUGAAAGGAGCUGUUCAAAAUGCCUGGCUGGUUAUUGAGGCUGUCCCCGAGAAAAUACAGCUAAAGAUUGACACAUUCGCAGAGCUGGAAGCCCUGGCUCCUGCGGACUGUAUUCUAGCCUCAAACUCGUCUUCAUACAAGUCCUCUGAAAUGCUCACGAAGGUUUCUGCGAAUACGAAAACCCGUAUCUUAAAUAUGCAUUAUUACAUGCCUCCACAGUCCAUGAUAGUGGAAAUCAUGACUGAUGGGUGCACUGACAGCGCGAUAUUCCCAUUUAUUGUUGAGCGUUCGAAGGAGGUUGCUACCUUGCCGUAUUUGGCCCGGAAAGAGUCCACAGGCUUCAUUUUCAACCGUCUCUGGGCUGCCAUUAAACGCGAGAUCUUGAGUAUUUUAGCAGAGGGUGUCUCUGUUCCAGAGGAGAUCGACUCAAUGUGGAUGGAAAUGUUUGUCAAAGGAGGCAUGGCUCCUUGUCGGACUAUGGAUGCCGUCGGCCUCGACACGGUGGCCUUCAUCGAGCAUCACUAUGUUGAUGAGCGCGGCCUAUCCCCGGAGAAAACCGUUGACUUUCUACAACAAAACUAUUUGAACCAUGGCAAGUUGGGAACCAAAUGUUCCCUUGGGGGUCUUUAUCCCCCAGUAGACGACAAGUCCAAGGCUAGGAAUGGUGUCGUUGCCAAAGACCCAAAGAUCUUGGUCUUGGAUUUGGGUCUCUCCGCUGCUGAGCCAAGUCUGAACUCAGGCCAAAUAGUUGAACUUACGGCAGGGGGGAAAAUAAAGGUUCUCAUUCGCAAUCAGGCCCUGCCUGACGGGAUUGCCGUUGACCACGUUAAUGGCCGCAUGUUUUGGACCUGCAUGGGCGUGCCCGGCCACAUUGAUGGCGCUGUGUACUCGGCCAACGUGGACGGCAGCCUCGUCCAGACCGUCGUCGCUCCGGGAACUAUCAAUACCCCGAAGCAACUAACCAUUGAUAGUGUAGCACAAAAGGUCUACUUUUGUGAUCGGGAAGGGCUGCGUGUUUUCCGAUGCAAUUUUGACGGAUCCGAUCUAGAGGCUGUGAUUGAGACGGGCUCCUACAAGGAGUACGGUCAAGAUGCAACAAAGUGGUGCGUUGGUAUUACCGUGGCUCCCACCCUGGGUAAAUUCUACUGGUCUCAGAAAGGUCCUUCCAAGGGUGGCAAGGGUCGCAUUUUUGGUGCCAAUAUCACGAUGCCCGCUGGUCAAUGUGCGAGCACACGGGACGAUAUCCAGUGCAUUCUCGACGACCUACCAGAGCCGGUGGAUUUGGAAAUAGAUGAGCAAUCUCGACGUCUCUACUGGACCGAUCGGGGCGAAAUCCCCUGUGGCAACUCACUGAACUUGAUCCAACUAGACGUGCUUGGUUUUCCUGCCUCAGUGAAUGAGGCUCAGAAAUAUCGGUCUCUCUCAAGGCAUUUCAAGGAAGCCAUCGGCUUGAAGUUGGAUCUCGUCAAUAAUGGCAUUUACAUCACAGACCUUGGUGGCAAUAUUUACCACUGCGGUCUGGAUGGCCAGAAGAAAGAAAAGCUUUAUACUGACGAUUAUCGAGCCUUCACUGGGAUCGCCCUGGCGUGA